UGAUUGGUUUGUGGGGCGUGGAAUUAGCUCAUAAAGAAGCUAAGGAAGGACCAUAAAAUUGCCAUUAUUACCAAGUAUAGACCACGGAGCUGUCGUCUUCGCCUAGAACUUGGUUUCAAGCUUUGCGAUUGUGCUGCUAUAAAAAGUUGCGUCUCCAAACUGCUUUUUGCCGAAAACUGGACGAAUUGUAUUCCCAACGCGUAGGAUCAUGUUCCCUUUUUUUCUUCUUCUCCUGCUUCUCAGCUUCCACUUCACAUCGGUUUCUCCGGCCACGCUCCGGCCAGAUUACUACGCCAAAUCAUGCCCGGAGGCCGAAUCCGUCGUCCGGAGUGUCAUGAAGAAAGCUCUGUUCAGAGAGCCUCGGAGUGUCGCCUCCGUCAUGCGCUUCCAGUUUCACGAUUGCUUCGUCAAUGGCUGUGAUGCUUCUAUGUUGCUGGAUGAUACUCCGACGAUGCUCGGGGAAAAACUCGCUCUCUCCAACAUAAAUUCGCUUCGAUCUUUCGAAGUCGUCGACGAAGUGAAGGAGGCGUUGGAGAAGGUCUGUCCUGGAAUCGUCUCUUGCGCAGACAUCAUAAUCAUGGCAUCUAGGGACGCCGUUGCUCUGACGGGCGGCCCCAACUGGGCGGUGAGAUUGGGCAGGCUGGACAGCCUAACAGCGAGCCAAGAGGACUCAAACCAGAUCAUGCCAAGUCCAAGAGCCAAUGCAAGCUCUCUAAUAGACCUCUUCAACAACUACAAUCUCUCUGUUAAAGAUCUGGUUGCUCUUUCUGGCUCACACUCCAUCGGCCAAGGCCGGUGUUUCUCCGUCAUGUUUCGGCUCUACAACCAGUCGGGCACCGGGCGGCCGGACCCGGCUAUCGAGCCAAGCUUCAGAGAAGAGCUCUACUGGCGAUGCCCGCAAGGUGGUGAUGAAAAUGUCACAGUGAACCUUGACUCCACGCCCUAUGUUUUUGACAAUCAGUACUUCAAGGACUUGGUUGGUGGGAGAGGGUUCUUGAAUUCUGAUGAAACUCUUUAUACGUUUGCUGAAACCAGACGGUAUGUGAGGCUUUUUAGCAGAAAUCAGAGCGCGUUUUUCAGGGCGUUUGUGGAGGGUAUGCUGAAGAUGGGUGAUUUGCAGUCUGGCCGCCCGGGGGAAGUAAGAAGGAACUGUAGACUCGUCAACAGUCAAUCUGUUGUCAUAUAGUUAAUACAAAAAUACUCAGAUGUUUAUAGGUCUGCCAGCUCUAUUUUGUUGCUAAAUUUUGACUAGUAAAAAUGAUGCUCAAUGGGUAAUGAUCAAUGAAUAUAAAUUAUUUAUAAAUGUAACCAAUUAACUUUAUUAAGAGAGUGGAUUCCCACGUA